UCGGGCUAUAGUGUGAGCUCCAAAGGGAGUGACUAGCGAAUCCGGGUAGGCUGCUUUCUUUUCCCAGUGCUUUUUAAAAAUUUUUCUUGCUAUUUGACCAGGACUGGGUGUCACCCACUGAACAGAAAGCCCCUCGCAAAACCCGGAGCGACCCUCCCAUCAAUUGUUGGGCGCAGGAGCAUCGCGGUGUCCCAGCGCGCCGGGCCGAAGGCAAGCGGAGCCGAGCCAGUCGUGGGCAGGGACCCCAGCUUCCCUGCUUCCCUCGUUCGUGCAGGCGGGUCUGCUCUCGCAGGGCGCAGGACGCGCGAGAUGAAGGCUGUGAGCCCCGUGCGCCCCUCGGGCCGGAAGGCGCCGUCGGGCUGCGGUGGCGGGGAGCUGGCGCUGCGCUGCCUGGCUGAGCACGGCCACAGCCUGGGCGGCUCGGCGGCUGCAGCCGCGGCUGCGGCGGCCGCUCGUUGCAAGGCGGCCGAGGCGGCAGCCGACGAACCGGCGCUGUGCCUGCAGUGUGAUAUGAACGACUGCUACAGCCGCCUGCGGAGGCUGGUGCCCACCAUCCCGCCCAACAAGAAAGUCAGCAAAGUGGAGAUCCUGCAGCAUGUUAUCGACUACAUCCUGGACCUGCAGCUGGCGCUUGAGACGCACCCUGCUCUGCUGAGGCAGCCUCCGCCGCCGGCACCACCACACCACCCGGCUGGGACCUGUCCGUCCGUGCCACCGCGGACCCCGCUCACGGCGCUCAACACGGACCCGGCCGGCUCGGUGAACAAGCAGGGCGACAGCAUUCUGUGCCGCUGAGCAGCGCUGUCCAGGUGUGCGGCCGCCUGAGCCCGAGCCAGGAGCUCUAGAGAGGGAGGGGGAAGAGCAGAAGUUAGAAGAAGAGCCACCGGAGGAAAAGGAGAAAAACAUCAGCAACCCAUAGAAACAUUUUCAUUCUCCAUUCCAGGAGGGCGAGAGAGGAAAGGAAAACAAAACUUUCACCCCUUUUUUUUUGCACGUUCAUAAACAUUCUGCAUAGAUCUUCUGUUUUGUCUCUUCAUUUUAUAGCCGCUGUGAAUUGUACAUUCCUAUGUGGUUUUUUUUUUUUUUUUGGAGGUGCAGUUAAACUUUAAGCCUAUGUGUGACAGGACUGAGAAAUAAAUAGAAGAUCAAGAGCAAAUUCGACUUUAGAAGCCUACUUUGUGACCAAGGAGCUCAAUUUUUGUUUCGAAGCUUUACUAAUAUACCAGAGCAUUGUAGAUAAUCCUUUCUUGACAUCUAUUGUUUAAAAUAGAUGAUUAUAACGGGGCAGGGAACUUUCUUUUCCUUGCAAGAAUGUUACAUAUUGUAUAGAUAACUGAGUGACAUUUCAUACCAUGUAUAUAUAGAGAGAUGUUCUAUAAGUGUGAGAAAAGUAUAUGCUUUAAUAGACUACUGUAAUUAUAAAAUAUUUUUAAUUAAAUAUUUUUUGUAAAUAUUAUAUGUGUGUUUUUAUUUUUAAUCUUUGGGAAUAUUUUUUUUUUAAAAAUUAUUUUUCAGCUCAUUUGCAGAGCUCUCGGUAUCUUGAAUGUCUUUGCUGUUUGGCUUGGUUUUUAAUUUGUUUUUGUUUUGCCCAGUGUUGUAGAAUCAGAAGUCACAGCUAGCGCUAGUGGUCCUGCAUGACUGUAUGAGAUGUUUAAUCACAAAAUAAACUUGUUCUGAGUCCAUUCAAAUGUGUUUUUUUUAACCUAGAUUGAAAUAUCUGUAUUUGGAGCAUUCGUGUUGAAAUACACUUUUAUCUGUUUUUAGUACAGGGUUUUAUAGUGUUAUACAUAAAGAGUGUUUGUUUUUUUAAAAGAAGUCAGAAUGGAUUCUGAAUGAUUUUGUAGAUGAGAUAGGGAUCCUUAAAGAGUUUAUGAAAUCUGUUUAUCAAGGUGAAAAAAAAUCCUUAUCACUCUUCAUUUUACGCUAAAGCUUAAUGUCACUGAGUUUCAUGUCUGUACAGAUUAUUUAAACCAUAGAAAUAAAAACUGUUCUCUGCUUGUUACCAAAGGGCAAACUUGAAAAAGAGCACUUACUGCUUUCCUUCCUCCAAAGAAUAUUAAUAGGCAACUGUGGGAGAAAAAAACAAAUUAAGAGGCAUAAUGGCAAAAUUUUCAAGCAGGGAUAAAAGUCGAUCUUCAAACACUAAGUAGACCAAAAAUUCUGAUGAUCACAUCUAGAUUAUUUUUUUAUAAAAAUGAUUUUCACUAUAGCUAUGUGAGUUACUGCGAAGCUACUGUUCAAUCUCUUGUGAUGUGUAACUUUUACAUGUGAAUAUUAAAGUAGAUUUUAUCUGUCUUGUA